AUGCACAACGACGCUGACUGCCUUUCUCGCAAUCCCGUGGAUCAACCGGACGACACCGAUGCUGACGUGGACAUGUGCACUCUAUCCCUAUCCGGCUUUCUCAACAUCGGCGACGAGCAACGACAGGACCCUGUUCUUCAGAACCUUAUGAACCGCCUGAGCUACGCGCCCCCCGACCCUUCUCUCCGGAUGUUCGCCUUGCGUGAUGGGAUUUUCUACCGCCGCAACGUUCAUUCCCGUGGCCCUGAGCUGCUACUAGUCGUUCCCAAGCAUCUGCGACUGGCCGUGCUCCAGGAACUUCACGACGCUCCUACGGCUGGACAUAUGGGCAUCACUCGUACUUACGGUCGCGUGCGGCGCCGCUUCUUCUGGCCCGGUCUCUAUCGCUCUGUGCGUCGCUAUGUUGCUUCUUGUGACCUGUGCCAGCGCCGGCAGACGCCUGCCUUGCCUCCCGCUGACGUGGCCAGAUACGCGCGCAGGUGUGGCUACGUGGCCGCGGUGGUCAACUGCGAAGAAAUUUGCAAGACGAGCGUUACGGUACAAACACCACUCACCGAGACGGCCGAGGAGGUGGCCAUCGCCAUCGCGGUGGCCACCACAGAGGCAGAGAUAGUUAUUAGCGACUCGCAAGCGGCGAUACGUAACUGUGCUAACAGCCGGGUCUCCCCAGAGGCGCUGUGA